AACGAAGUUAAGCAUGAGCUGAGUAGUAGCGUUGUCGAAGUAAGUGAAUAAUACAAUUUGUUAUGGUACCUUCGCACCCCAUUUCUCUAAUGAUCGGUAGAUGGCAGCACUUCCUUGAGUCCAUCGGAAUAUAAUAGCAAAAAAGAAACCACUGCCACACUUAGGCGCCUUUUAUUCACUGAACGUUUCUUUCCUCCCAUGCUUUCAGUGGUCGAUCUGGCCAUACAAAACAUUGACAUAAGUUAUCCUUGAGGUAAUUAAUUUUCUGUUUAAUUUGAGAACGCCGUAUUUCCUGUGUAUAUAUUUAAGCCAUUCCUUCAUUCAUAUAGACCGUUGUUUCUUUUUUUUUUAAGUUCCAGUUUGCCUGUCUUUUUUUUUUUUUGCUCACCUCAUUCGAUUGCAUAUUUUUCUUUUCGCAGCCAGGGCAAAUUUGAGCUGGACAGCCAGCACCUCGAGCUGCAUCUGUCCAACAAGCGGUAUUUUGCGGCGCCCUCGCCUCUAACUUGUGCGCCGACCGACAGAUGGCGGCACAUUCUGGAGAGCCCUCGCUGGACCCCUCGAACGCGAGCGCUGCGCCAGCGCCUCUCCUCCACAGUCGAUGCGCAGUGCCACCAGGGGCGCCCCGCUUCGUCGGGUCAGUGAGAUUCCCUCAGUCUCUUUGCCAGUGCCAGAUCAGACGCUCGACCGUUAGCUUAUUUCGCGCGCACGGUCCCGCGUGGUUAGUAGGCACGCUGAUGAACUCUGUAUCCUCUCUAUCACGCCGUGUGAACGCCUCUCAGCGUGAAUCUUUUCCUUUAUUCGAACACUGGGCCUGAAUCUUAGUGUCUCAGGUUUAGGUAUCACCGUCCUUUCAGCAGGGUAAUUCGGAACCGUAAAGAUUUAGUAGUUUGAGUGCAUAUAGCGUACUAACGCGCGAUUCACUCAAGCGUCGUAGCACCUUGUCACCGGCCCAUAUGAUGCGUAGGCAACGAGAGGGAAAAUGAUGGCGUUUCGUGAGAUAUGCGGGCCGUCUUAGGAUAAUUACACGUUGAUGUAUUUUUCUUUCUCCUCCUCAACCAUUAAACAGGCCGAAGUUUGAGCAGCUGGCGUGCAGAGCAUGCGGCCCGCGUUCGCACCCCCAAAUGGAGGCAGGUCAUUGUCGUCGUCUCCUACGUGUCGUCUACUCGCCUGUCGAAGUAUCGCACCUUCUGCACUGAUUUACCAUGGAUUACGAUGUAAUGCCUUCGAGAGCGUCGAAGGAGACAGCGGUCGCGAGUGGACCUGCUCCUGGAUGCACUCCGGCGGCCGUGAGUAAGCCGUCCUACGCUGCACGUGCUUCGAAAGUGCCGGAUAGUCCGGAACGUGUCCGAUUCCGCGGUGUUUGUGCAGUUCAUUGACUGCAGAGCGCUGCCGAAGACAGCGUGUGGACCAAGACUGCGGCAUCUGCGUAUGGGGGUGUUUCAACCAUUCCCAACUGUGUUUAUUGUGCGACACUUGACAACAUGGCUGUAGGAGGCUGGCUGGCGGGAGGCACCGAAUCAACCCUGCUCCAUGCAUACCUGGAACCUUCCGGAGAUGCGUCCACCACAACGGUGGGCGCAAAGGGAAAAUCAAGUCGAUCGAAUGGCGAGCGGAAAGGUUGUCAUCGAGAGGCUUCUUGCAAUAUUCGCAGAUGCAAAUCAGCGUGUUGUACGGGCAGAGUGCGUGCAUUGACCGACUCACUUAGUGCCAUGUGCGCGUCCGUCGCUGCGAGGACACGUUCUUUCUUCGAACGUCCUCCGAGCCUCGAAGCCAGUUCGAACGCAGUUCCAGUGGAGGAGCAGCGUCGGUCAUCCUCCCACUGCCAUCGACGCCAACAUCCGCAGCAACACCAGCAAAAGCGGCGGGACGGCGUCGACUGUGCCGGCGCCAAAGUACCGACGUGCGUGGACGACGGUGUUGGACGGAAGCGGUGUUCGACCAGUGCCGCGUGGAUGCCCGCCGUGUGUGCCGGUGUUGUGGCUGUGCUGUGUUACAUGAACUCGCUGGAUGGAGAUUUCGUGCACGACGACAUGGUGGCGGUGGUGGGGAACCCAGACGUCACCGGUGAGAACAGACGACACGCGUUGUCCUCCUCGUCGUCGUCGUCGUCGCUUUGGACGAACGAUUUCUGGGGCCGACCGAUGGCGGACCCCCGGAGCCAUAAGUCGUACCGGCCGCUCACAGUGCUCAGUUUCAGGGCCAACUACUACGCCAAUGGGCGCCAGGUACGCGGCUACCACAUGGUCAACGUGGCUCUGCACUGCGCAUGCUCCGUUCUGGUGGCCAUCGUCGCACGCUGCGUGAUGCGGAUACCUGCCCUCCAUGCGUGCCUGGCAGCGACGCUGUUCGCUGCUCAUCCGGUCCACACUGAGGCCGUGUCCAGCAUAGUGGGCCGAGCCGAAGUGCUGUGCUGCCUCUUCUUUCUGCUCUCGUUACUUUGCUACCACUGCUGCCAAGUUUCGAGUGAUGGCAGAGGAGGUCACGGAAGGUCGAUAUGGCUCGCAGCAUGCGGUAUACUAUCCGUAUGUGCGCUGCUUUCCAAGGAACAAGGCAUCACCGUGCUACCGCUGUGCAUGGCCUUGAGGAUACGCACAUUAGUCGUUGAUUCUAGGAGUCCAGAAGGACAGACGCAAUGCCAUAAGGCUCACCGACGAUGCUGGCCGAUGUGCAGAAACUGCAUACGAGACACUGUCUACCGAUGCUUUUUGGAUCGUCACCUUGCCGCUCUCGCCGCAUUGACGACGUUACUACUGUGCUUCAGGUUAUGGAUUCUACAAGGAAGCUUCCCCGAAUUUUCCGAGAUGGACAACCCUGCUUCCUUCUCACCAAAGCGUGGGACGAGGCUGCUGACUUACAGCUACUUGUGCGCCUUCAACGCCUGGCUCGUGUUGUGUCCACGUACCCUGUCUUACGAUUGGCAGAUGGGCAGCGUACCUCUCGUGACGUCACCACUAGAUCCUAGGAAUCUGGCAACACUGGUUAUACUCGUUUCGCUAGCAGCCCUCGCCUGGCGGGCUUCGAGCCCGUGGCAUCGAAAAUGCAACUCUGCUGGUGAGUCGAGACAGCAGUGCUGCUACGACAGAACUCCCGAGCAACUGCACGAGCCUUCUCCGGGACUGCUAGUGGCACUGCUUCUUACAGUGCUGCCUUUCCUUCCGGCGUCCAACCUCUUCGUGACCGUCGGCUUCGUUGUCGCCGAGAGAGUUCUCUACAUUCCCAGCAUUGGCGUGACUCUGCUCGUGGCCGAAGGAUUGCACCGCCUCCACACGCGGUGUGGUCUAAUGCUCAGGUGGUGCAGCUGGGCCUGCUGCUUCAUUCUAGUGCUGUUGUUUGCUGCACGCACCUGGAACAGGAACGGCGUGUGGGCCUCUAGGGAAACGUUAUUCGAAUCAGGAAUCAGGGACCUCCCAGGAAACGCAAAGAUGCACUACAACUACGCCAAUCUGCAGAAGGACAUCGGCAACGCUGAUCUGGCCGUCAAGCACUACAGGCUGGCAAUCGAGUUGUGGCCCGAGCACGCCAGCGCGCACAAUAACUUGGGGACUGUGCUGACGUCAACGGAAGAGUCGGAACACCACUUCCGGUACGCCUUGCGUGUCAACCCAAACCAUCCAGGGGCUCAUUUUAACCUCGCCAAUAUUUACAGCAAGCAAGGCCAAAAGGAGGUUGCCCGGACUCUGCUGGAGCGUGCGGUAGAGCUGGAGCCCGAUUUCUGCGAGGCCUACUCAUCGCUGGCAGCCCUGGCCGCCGAAAGGGGAGACCUCGCUGAAGCCGAGAGGCUGCACCAGAUGGCGCUAACGAGCGACGACCGAAAUGCUGACGCCCGGAACAACUACGGAACAUUCCUUCAGUCACAUGGGCGAGCGGAGGAGGCAAUGACGCAAUACCAGCAAGCCCUAGAUCUCCAGCAAAAUCACACUGUGGCUCUCCUGAACGCUGCCAGAAGCCUCCGGAGUAUGAACCUCAACAUGCAGGCAGAGAGUCUAUACAAGAGGGCACUCGCUGUUGAGCCAGACCCUCAAGUGAUGGACAACCUGGCUGUGUUCUACGUCAAUGCUGGUCGCCUGGACGAAGCAAGGCAGCUAUUCGAAGAAAUUCAUCGGCUUUUCCCAGAGCAUCGCGACAGCAAGGUUCACCAUGCUCAGCUUCUUAUUAGGCUCCGAAGCUUCCGAGCGGCUGAAGACCUCCUUCUGGACGUCAUAGAGAACAACAGCACUGACAGAGGGGCCUUGCACACGGCAGCGCUUUUGUACAACCACAUCAACCGCACAGUCGAGGCCCUGGACUACAUACUGAAGGCUCUAAAGCUGUGCGGCGUCGAUGAACCGCACUGUGCAAGAAUACACAGCGAUCACGGCGACAUACUGAAGGACAUAGGCGACCUCAGCUCGUCCGCACAGAGUUACGAAGUCGCUAUUCGUCUCGAUCCAGACCUCGCUCAUGCUCAUUUGAACCUUGCCGUGAUAAGACACCUAGAGAGCGACUAUCCAGGCGCAUUUCGACACUACCAGGUGGCCCUGUCUCUUGAUCCAAAGAACAAGCUCAUCAUAGACAACAUGGCCAAGUUAAGGCGGCGGAUCACUAGGCCACUGCCUUUCCACGAUUGCGUUUAAAGCUAAUGCGUCGUCGAAAUGCAUUUACCGUGCUGCUUUUUCUGCAUAGUGGCGUUCAUAUUUUGACGGCACCUUACCACUGGAUUCCCACUCUAUCGCUUUCGAUGUAUUGCAAAUUUGUCACGCAACAUGAAGACGUCUGGUGAAGGCAGUUGAAGGGUAGUACAAUGACACCAGGGACCGUAACAACAGUUCUGGUGUUCUAAUUUUAUUUUUUUACACAAAAUUGUGCUCUUGAACAUGCCGUCUCGUUCCAGAGAGCUGUUAAGGCCACCUACAAAUCUGAUCUAGACUGCAAUUUCCUGUCCGAUUGCAAAGAUGACAACUUUCCAAAAGUGUUCUUCGGAGCAUGGUAAUUCUGUCGGCUGCAGAUAGCUGAAAACAGCGAACAGCCUACGUCACAAGCCCUUUCUGGUAAAUGCGUGGUGUAGUGAUUAUUUAGGCCUUCGUACCAUAUUGAUUUGCCAUUUCAGCAUUUAAAUCAAUUUUAAUAUUUGUCUAAUACAUGAUUCUCAAGAGUUUUCUUUGUAUUCUCACAUUUUCUUUUUUUAUUUAGUCGGAAAAAUAUUACUCUUCAUAAGCUUGGUCUCAUGAGUUACGGAUGUUAUUUGACAAAAAAAAUAUCAUCACAAUCACUUUAUGCUGAGUUUUUGCCCCGACAAAAAUCAACCUGGGCCUCGAAUGCCAGUGGUGGCACAGAAGCCGACAGCUGCCGGUACGAAAUUUCUUAGGCAGAUGUUGGCGGCUUCUAUAUCGAAUGUGAACGACAGUAAGUGAAGACGCUGAUCCUCGGUCAUAUAGGCCCGCCCUUGCGCCUUUCCCAGCAGAAAAAGAAAGUGGACAUGAGAAUCUUUCCUACGGAGUGUGUCAUGUUUGUUGUCGUGCUCGUUUGCCUAUUCCUUGCCGCAAGCUCUGGAAUUCCUGUGAACUACCACUUGUUUUUGAGCAGUGGCAUAAGACUAUGCAACAACGUGCCUAGAUUUCCUACUCUCAUGUUAGUGAGUGCGACAUUGCAGCGUUACUCUCAAAGUGUGACAGAUUUGCUCAGGGUGGCUUGCUGUGUGACAGGACGUGAUGGAGCGUUUUUAUUGGCGCGUCCGGAUUAAGUGGGUGGAAGUGAGGAAGGCCGAACUGACAACUGAGGCAUACAACGCAAACAUUGUGAAAUAAAAUGUCUGAUUUCAUAUUCACAUGUAGUGCGCUUGAGUAUUGAUUGAAUUUACAUAAGGUGGAAGUGUCUUCGAAGCUGGCGCAUUGUCUAGUAACGGGGCGUCAUGAAAAAAUGUCUCUAAGGAUGCUCGAUGAAGUCUAUACUGGCUGGUAUAAGGUAUAAAUUCUAGUUCCAGCGAAGUUUACACAUUCGGGAAAUUACACGAUUGCCAAUUUGGUGUACAUUAGAAAUUCUAUACAGAAAAUGAUUUCUUUCACUAUCUGGAAUGUGUUUACGCCGGUUUACGUCGUGUUUACGUCGCUGCAGUUUACACCCCUGCUAAAGAAAUGGAGACUAAAGAUUCCACAGACAAUUAUAUACAAUCUGCGUUCCAGGCAUGGGCGAUUCAGGAGCUAAUUGUACGAUUUUCGUCAGCCAAUCAUAUGUUCAAGCAUGCGUGUAUAGGACAGCUCCCCAUUGCAUAAUUGUGCCAUACAUGGACAGCGUCAGUACCUGUUCCGAAAUAAUGUCAGACAAAGCUCCCCGACAUACACGGUCUUGUUACAUGUCUUUAGAAGCACCGCGGUAGAUUGCUACAGCUCUGGGUUAAGUCGUGGAUGUUAAGCGUGCGUGCGUGAAAGUUCAUGUGAUUUCUUUCCCACCUAGUGACUACAAGCUGAAUUUUCAUUGACGUCGUAAGCUGAAAACGUUGCGAUGUCGCGCUGUGCGAAAAGGUGUAUCCUGUGUGUGAGAUGCCCAGCGAUAUUACUCUUUCAAAACCCUUUGGGUUAAUCUGGAGUGAUCAAAUGUGUGAGCGACAGGGAUUGGAUUAAAUAGGCACAGUUCGAGGCAACGUAAAAGAAUACGACGACGAAGGGUCAUGAAAGAAUGUGCCCUUUUACGUGGCUGGUAGACGAAACGAAUGAUUGCUCAAGUUGGAUCUUGUGAUAUGACAGAGAAAAUAAAGCGCAAAUAAGCCAACCAAGGCUUUGCCAACACUUUUUUUGGAGUUUGCUAAAAAAGCAACGCCAUAUUACCUUUUUAUUUUGUGCAGCUAUUUCUUGCUAAUUGUAAUCGGUGUUGUCUCAUUGGCGUAACUUUGUGAGUGCGUGCCCUUUGUACAAAGCAAGCAGGCUGUCCAAGAUCAGUUUUAACGAACUGUUCUUCGCCGCUGACUUCUUAGUAAGAAACUUGAUGGUGGUGUCUUCGUGCCGUAGAUGUUUAUCGUACCUAAAAUGUUUCGCGCAUUGAAUAUGUUGCCUUCCUUCCACUAUAGCUGCAAAGUGACAUCUUGGUUGCAAGAUGACCUCACAAGAGCCGUUACUCACGUCGCCUUACUUCGUCAGAGCCUAGCAAGGGCAGCUCCCCCUUCAUAAAGAGUGUUUCACUGUGUCAAGAAUUCGUCAACUGUCGCGAAUGCUAGGUAUUCAUCGAUAUUGUUGCUAGCCGACACGGAGUCAUUUCAACCAAAAAGUUGUGUUUUUAUAGGCCACAAGCAAUGAUGUACAUCAUCGAGCCGUGCAUGGUUCUCAUGGUUUUGCAUCUGUGAGAGUGACCCAUUUCCUUACCAUCCAAUAACUGAAUCUUAGUCUGAAAGAGUUAUUUUUUUCCUAUAGCCCAAUGAACUGAAAUGGCCAGUGACUAUGCCCCGCACGUACGCUUGUCUGUCGUCACGUAUAUGAGUGCCAUUGUUGGGAGUUAUCUUUUCACAUGUGUGUGACUGAGUGUUGCUUGUGCGUAACAAGUUUGCAGAAAAAUGUCAUCUUGUCAUGUUAUCCCACUUUUUGGAAGAAAAAAGCGAGGCUUUCAAAGGAA